GCGCCACGGAAUCCUUGAGCGCCGGGUAGAGCUCGGAUGUGGCGCGGCUGGCAGCGUCGUCGAGUGCUAGGAGCUCGGAGUGGAGGCCAAAGAGGCGGCCGUGCGGGAGGUUGCCAAGCUCCUGCCAUAUCCCGACUCACUCGCUUCCAUCGCUAUCCUCCGCACUGACUACUCCUUGCGCCAGCAGGCGAAUGACGCGCAGCUCAGUGCGAGUGUCAUGGCACAGGUUGAGCAGGCCAAGGCCGGGAUCGAUGCGCUCACCGCCUCGGAGGCCGCCAUAGCUCGCCUAGCUGACAAUUUCCUCGUUAUUGACAAGCUGUGCCAGGAAUGCCAGACGCUCAUCGAGCACCACGAUCUUAUCAAGCUCCUUAGCAACGUCCGCAACAAUCUCAACACAACGCUCAAGGACGUGGAGGGGAUGAUGUCCAUUUCAGUCGAGGCUGCGGAAGCCAGAGCAUCGCUCAACGACGACAAGGAACUCGUGACGACUUUCGAGAGCCUGACGGCCCUCGAAGGCAAGAAGCGAUUUGCACUGGCGACAGCAUCUUCCAGAAAGGAGGAAGCCAAGAAACUGCGGGACUACUUUGAGGAUGUCAAUAGGACGCGGGACAAGUUUGAGCAAAUGCUUUGGGAUCACAUAAGGAACUUCUACCAGCUGUCUCGAAAGAGCCCACAGACACUCGUUCGUGCGCUCAGGGUAGUGGAGAUGCAGGAGGUGCUGGAUCAGCAGCAUGCCGAAGAAGCUGCUGAAGCCGAGGGAGCUGGACCGGUGGCACUCAUAUCCAACACCAGGGCCGCUCGAAAGUCCGCGGUGGCGUCCGGGGUGGCGUCCGAGCCUGACCAACCACCUAAAAACGGCAAGGGGUACAAAGAUCGCUGCUAUGACGAGAUACGCAAGUCCGUGGAGGACAGGUUCCAUACGCUCCUUACCAAGCUUGUCAAGGAAGAGCUAAGCGCUGCAUUGGAUGAAGCGAAUGCGAUCGGCGGGGAGCUGCCGGACGUGUAUGACUUUGUGGCCCCGUGCUUUCCUCCUCGCUAUGAGAUCUUCCUGCUGAUGGUGCAGCUGUAUACUGAGCGCUUCAUCCAGAUGCUGAGGGCCUUGGCUGACCGUGCAAGUGACCUGUCCAAUAUCGACAUUCUCAAGGUAACCAGCUGGGUUGUACAAUAUCAAGAGCAGUUGCUAAACUUGGGGGUGGACGAGAGUUUAGCACAAGUAUGUGCAGAGAGUGGAGCCAUGGACCCGCUAAUGAAUGUCUAUGUGGAUCGCAUGCAAUCAACAAUGCAGAAAUGGUACACCAACAUCCUGGAGGCGGAUAAAGUGCAGCCGCCGAAGAAAACAGAUCAAGGAAAGCUAUGGACCCCAGCUGCUGUGGAUUUGUUCAGGAUACUUGGGGAGCAGGUUCAGAAUGUCCAGGAAAACAGCACAGAUGUAAUGCUUUACCGUAUUGCUCUCGCCGUUAUACAGGUGAUGGGCGAUUUUCAGGCUGCAGAACGGCAUCGACUUGAGGAGCCGGCGGCGGAAAUCGGCCUUGAGGCCAUUUGUGCGAUGGUUAAUAACAACAUUCGUUGUCACGAUCUCUCCUUGGAAUUGAGCGGCAAUAUUAUGGAGUCACUUGCUCCAUACUAUGCGGAACAGGUCAAUUUUGAAGACACAUGUAAAGGGUUUCUUGAGGUGGCCAAGGAAGCCGUCCAACAAACCGUGAGGGUGAUUUUUGAAGAUCCUGGAGUAAAGGAGCUACUUGUCAAACUUUAUCAGAAAGAUUGGCAUGAAGGACUUGUGACCGAGUACCUGGUUGCAACAUUUGGCGAUUACUUUGGGGAUGUAAAGAUGUAUAUUGAGGACAGAUCGUUUCGAAGGUUUGCCGAGGCUUGUCUAGAGGAGACAAUUGUCAUAUACGUGGAUCAUCUCCUUACACAGAGAAACUACAUCAAAGAAGACAUGCUUGAAAGGAUGAAAGUAGACGAGGAGAUUCUUGCCGAUUUUUUCAGAGAAUAUAUCAGCCCCGCUAAGGCAGCCAAACGAGUCCAACCGCUAGCUGAAUUUCGGGACCUUGCAUCUGCUGAGAGUUUGGAAGCAUUCACACUGGCUUACACCAAUAUGUUACAGAACCAUCCUGAUUGUCCUCCGGAGGUGGUAGAGAAAAUAUUAGCACUGCGGGAAGGUAUUCCAAGGAAGGAUGUCCGAGAGGUUUUCCAGAGUUGCAAGGACAUUUAUUCGAAAGCAGUCGCAUCAGGGGAUGGAGUAAAAGUCGGGCUUUUCAGUAAAUUGAGUUGCCUCCAGCGGAAAAAGUGAAACCCAAAAAUAACCUAAAAGUUAAAAAUGGUUAAAGUUCAAGAUAAGAUUCCGGUUUUUAGGGUUUAAAUGCUAAUCUGAUAUAACCCAAGUUCAAAUCCAA